AUGAAGGCCCGCGGGGGUUCGCUAAAGGCGCGGAGAGGAGACAAAGGAGACAGCAAAGGAGACAGUUGGGCAGCAACAAAGCGCAGCAGCAGCAGCAGCAGCAGCAGCAGCAGCAGCAAAUCAGCAGCAGCAAAUGGGGUGUCUCUAAAUGCGUCUUUAAAGGCUGCUGCUGCUGCUAAAGACAAAAAACGAACCCCUCUGCUCCCGCCUAAAAAGAAAAGAGAAACGGAGACAGCCGAAGCAGAGCCAGGAGAGGAUUCUGAGGCUUCUUCAUCUGGUGAAGAUUUGCUGGGGUCUGGCGAUGAAAGUGCAGCAGAGGAGACAGCAGCAGAUCUCCAGGUCUUUUCAGAGACAGAAGGAGACAGCGAAGAAGAAGAAGAAGAAAAUGCAUUUCCUAGCGAUAGUUCGAGCGAGGAAGAGGAGACAGAUACACCCAAAACCCCACAAAAUGCUGGAGACGAUGCCUCCGAGUCUGAAGAAGAAGGUACCCUUACCACUUAA